CACGCACGGACUUACGUUGCUUUGGCAGCUAUGUUAUUGUUGAAUCUAGUUCAAGUUGUUGCCCUUCAGGGUCCUCCUGCAGUCCUCGACUACAUUGGUAAGGAUCUCAACAACACGGCAGCUCAAGCAUGGGUCCCCAACGCUCUUUCACUCGUUCAAGCUGUCGUCGCUCCCAUCAUUUCCUCUGCGUCGGACACAUUCCAGGCCCGGAAACUCCUCCUAGUCGGCCCUGCUAUAUUAUCUUUCAUUGGAGCAGCGAUUGCUCCGGGGUCAGCCAAUAUCUACCGGCUAAUUGGUGCUCAAAUCCUGAUUGGAUUUGGGUUUGCUACUGUCCCUUUGGCAUAUGUAGUUCCAAGCGAGAUCUUGCCGAGAAAAUGGCGACCGAUGGCGCAAGCUUGGAUGAACGUCGCUGCAGCACUUGGUGCUUGUGUUGGACCUUUGAUAAUUGGUGCUCUGACGAAGUCCAACUAUCACACGGGCUGGCGGAAGUUCUACUGGGUUCAAAUGGCACUCUGGGGAGCGACUGCAAUGGGCCUCUUCUUUGGCUACAGGCCGCCGAAAAGACACACCCGAUAUGACCAUCUGUCAUUUUUGCAAAAGCUCGGUCACCUUGAUCUUGCUGGGUGCGGACUUCUCACGGCUGGAUUGACUUUGUUACUCACUGGAUUGAAUCUAGGUGGAGGUCUUUUCUCCUGGACGAGCUCCAGAGUUCUAGCUACCCUUGUCGUUGGCAUCGUCACCCUCCUCGCUUUCUGUGUCUACGAGUGGAAGUUUACGAAGACUGGAAUAUUGCAUUAUGAUCUCUUCCGCGGUGGAAAGGACCGUGGACGAACUUUUGCACUGUGUGUUGGUCUCAUUUUCGUCGAAGGUAUUAUUUUGUUUGCCUAUGUGAUCUUUUAUCCAGUUUUGACUACCUCGCUUUUCACACAAGAUCCCUUCAUCCAAGUUGCUAGAGCUCAGCCUGCCUGGAUCUGCGGUGGUUUGAGUACAGUAGUCUAUGGCUUCGCUAGCACAAAGCUGAAAACAAUCCGAGGACCCUUGUGCGUUGGGUUUCUGAUCAUGACCGGAGGACUUGUCGGACUAGCCCUAACCCAACCUGGCGACUCUACCAAGACAAUCGUCUUUUCUGGCUUAGUCGGACUUGGAUUCGGAGCCCCACUCGCCCUCAUCAUAGCUGGUGUCCAACUCUCCACUCCCUACCACCUCAUCGCUACAGCCACUGCACUCACCACAAGUACUCGAGCCGUUGCGGCAGCCAUGUUCACAGCCAUUUACUCAGCGGUCGUGAACAAUCGUCUUGACAAGUACAUUCCCAGCUAUGUCGCUAAAGCUGCCGUUCGUGCUGGCCUCCCCAUAACCUCUGUUCCUGCUUUCGUCGGGGCACUGGCUUCGAACAAUGCCACUGCUCUGCCACAUAUUCCGGGUGUAACUCCUCUUGUUAUUGGGUCGGGUGUAAAUGCUCUGAAGCAUGCGUUUGCGGAUGGGUUACGGGCUGUGUUCAUGAUUGCUGCCCCCUUUGGUGCUUUGGCUUGUAUUGCUUGUUUCUUUCUGGGUGAUAUGAAGGCGGUUAUGAAUUAUCAUGUGGAUGCGCCGAUGGAGGAUUUGCAUGCUAAAAAUCAUCAUGAGGGGCAGGCUUUGAAAAUUUGAAGAGUGAAUUGUUGCAUCCAGUACAUAGUGCGCUUUAUACCAAUUUAAUUGGUCCUAAUAAUAUUCUCGCCGAG